AUGUCAUAUAAUGAGUUUGUGGGUUUUCUUGAACGAUUCACACAAGAGAAAUGUGAGAAACUUUAUUAUUGUCAACCCGAUUUACAAAUCCCAGAAGGUUUAACCUUGCUUUCUAAUGAACUUCAAUAUCAAGAAUUUAUAGACAUUGCUUAUCGAUGUGGAGUACAAGUUCCUGUUUACAUUGACCAUUUUGGUACUAUUGUGCACGUAACUAAGGCAAAUGAAAAUGAAAAUGAGGAUAAUUAUUCUGUGAAGUCAAACAUGUCAAUCGAAGGGGAAGAAGGUAUUAACCUAACUGAUUUCAUGAGUCCACAACAGAGCAACAUGAAAGGAGUAACCUAUGAAAGAGUAAGUCAGGCAAAUGGAAAUGAAGAUGCCACAGAAGGUGAUCCAAAUUUUGAUGAAGAUGAGAAUAUCCCAGAUGUAAAAGGAAAACAAAUGUUUAAUGAAGACAUAUCUUGGAAGAAGCAGUUUCCAAUUCUAGUAAAAAGGUUAUUGGUUAAGUGUAGUGAUGGUCAAUGCACAUUUAGGUUGUGGGCAUCAUGGAUGAGUGAGGAGCACUCAUUCCAAAUCAAGUCCCUUAUCAUUGAACAUAAUUGUGCAAGAAAUUUUAAGUUAGGGUCAAUUGUUAAUUACAGAUGGAUUGGUAGUCAUUUCACCAGGGAAGUUCUUGAGAAUCAGAAAUUCAAUGUUAGGAUGUUAAAAGAGGAAGUAAAGACUAAAUUUGGCAUAGAGGUUAGUAUGGAACAAUGUAGGAGAGCCAAGCAACAUGUAAUGGCUCUUGUUGAAGGUACCAUAGUGGAAAAUUAUGCAAAGUUGUGGUCCUAUGGUGAGGAGAUAAAAAGGUCUAAUCCUGGGUCAACAGUCAAGUUGUCUAUGAACUCUAUGCCAGAUGGGAAAACUUACUUUAGCAGGAUAUAUAUAUGUUUUCAUGCACUAAAGGAGGGUUGGAGAAGUAGUUGUAGAGGGAUAAUAAACUUAGAUGGGUGUUUUCUAAAAGCAACGUGUACUGGUCAGUUAUUGCGUGUUGUUGGUAGGGAUGGUAACAAUCAUAUAUACCCAAUAGUUUGGGUUGUAGUUUGUGUUGAAAAUAAAGACAACUGGAAAUGGUUCUUAGAGAACUUGCAAGAAGAUCUGCAUCUUGAAGGUGGGUUUGGUAAGACAUUGAUGUAA